CAUAAAAGACAGAUUUUUUUUUAAUUUACUAGUGGAAACAUGUCUGACGAGUGGCAAGCUUAUGUUCAAGACCCUAGAUCAAUUUGUAGGUAUGGGGAAACAUGUUAUCAGAAAAAUCCAGACCAUCACAUCAAAUAUAAGCAUCCGCCUGCUAAUCCGAAGUACAAAGUGGACACUCAUAGAGGUGGCAACAAGCGCUUCUCGCCUUAUACCAGGGAAACUAUGAAAGCUGAGUCUGGCGAAGACCCUCCACAAAAUGCUGAGAAACACAGCAAACGCCAUAAAGCAUCUGAGGACGAGACAAGUAGUAUACCUAAUAAGAACGAUCCUGGUAAGUCAGAGGUACCAAUUCCUUGUGAAAAUGAAACUACACAAUGCCAUGUUGAAGAGAGCUUUACAGAUAUUAUCAACCAAAUUCCAAAAGACCUAACCUAUCAUGAAAGUACAACGGAACAAAGUAAAUACAAGGAGCUUUUCUUGGUUGAGAUGCCAGACGACUUCUUCAAAUUCUUUGAGUGCUUGAAAGAAGAGAAUGAUAUGGAGAAAUUAUUAUCUAGUGUUAAUUUACAACUGAUUGGGCCAUAUGAGUUGUUGUUAGGAAAGUUACCAGUCGUGGAGAAUAAAGACUUAUACUUGAUACAUUGGAGAUUCUUUUACGAUCCACCAGAAUUUCAGGCUGUCUUAAAGUCUAAGGACAAGAGUGAGUUUCACAUAGGUUACUUCCGGGACGACCCAUCAGCCGAACCAGUGUUUCUCGCUCACAAUGACUCUUCUAAGGGUUGUCAUAUUACACCCUAUGCCAGCAAUAUCUUUGGGGCAGUUUAUCUAUACCUUGAACAUCAAAAGAAGUCUCCCUUCACUGCCAUGACGUACAAGAAGAUGAUGGAUAAGGUUAAAUCCUGGGCAGAGAAGCAUAACUAUUCAAUAGAAGAAUACAAUGCCAAAAGAAGAACCAACCUGAGCGUAGCCAAGACACUGCAUGGUGCGGGCAUCAUGGUGCCAUAUGAAAAGAAGACGCAGUUAGGCUACAGGCGGUUGGCGGAAUCAGAUGCAAAUCUCAAGAAACUUUUUUCAAAACUGGCAGAAGCUAAAUCUCAAGACGACAAGGAUAAGAUACUGUCAGAGUUGCAGCCAGUUAUAACAUACGCCAACAUCGCUGUGGACGAGUGCGACUUUGGCACGGGUCUUGAAGUCGGGAUUGACAUGUUCUGUUCAGGACUGAAGGAGCUGGAGGCAAGUGCGCUGAACAGCCUCUGCUCUGUUUACUCUUUGCUCAACCGGGCGAAGUUUGGGACGAUAAUCCAGGCUCACCUAAAAUGUCGUCGCAAAGGAUCAGAUAUGUCUAUUCUCAGUAUUGGUAAAUCAUAGCAACACAUUUGUGAAAUUUUGAUAACUCAGGUAAU